GCCCUCGAGCUCUUCUGUGAUGGUUUAGACACAUUUUGCAAAAAGACCGUACCCGACACCCUCGCCACCAUUCGACAGCUAGAACAUGCGCGUCUAAUCUACGACGCCCAUCGCAAUGACCUCGCACGACUGGAGGCCAAGGCAUCCGGAAAGGCCAUUUCUACUGGCAAUUCAACUCCCCAACCAGCCUUCAGUGAACCACCAUCCGAAGACUUAUCGGCUACAACUGCUGCACUCCAGUUGGAGUUAAAUGUUCAACAGAUGAGACAGAAAUUCGCUGCUCAAAAGGAGAUCUACCUGACGUUAAAGAAGGAUACGGAUGUAAAAAUGAAGUUGCUUCACGAGAACCGAACACGUGUAAUGCGGAAGCAUCUGGGCGCAGUGCAAGCCGCCACUCUUUCGUACUACGCGAAUGGUUUUAGCGCCCUUAACGAAGCUCUAAAAGCUCUAAUGGAACAGCAGCACGCAACUCCCGGCGAUCUACAAACCCAUCAGGAAACUUCAUUCCUCGAGGUGGACAGCCCAUCUCCCUACUCUAAGGUCCACGAAACCUCGGAUCAGCAUUCACCGACACAACAGCAGAAACCUACUUACUUUGCGAUGACAGAAAAUGGACUUGAAGACGGUGGAAAUAACUAUUGUGAACGCGACGUUUUUAACGAUUGA